AUGGAGAAGCGAUUAAAACUCGCUGUUAGUUGCGAUCUCGAUUUGCCACCUGGCUUAUUUUUCUGUCAGACAUUAACAUCACUUGAUCUUUCCGUUUACCGCAAAUUUAACUCAUUUCCAAAAUCUAUAAACUUGCCAGCUUUAACAAGUUUGCGUCUUUAUAACUUUGUCUUCGGUGACAGUGAAUUGCUGGAGCCCUUUACGUCAUGUACUAAGUUGAAGACUUUGGUCAUUCACAAUUGUGAUGUAAGGGAUACACAAACUCUCUGCAUUUCAAAUGCUACUCUUAUCAAUUUGACCGUACGUGCUUUUGAAAGACAAGCUUACAGCCUUGUGCUAUCAACUCCCAACCUUUGUUCUUUUGUUUUCUCGGGUAUUCCUGCUCAGCAAAUCUCUGGAAGCCUUCAUUCUUUCUCUGUCAGUGUUCUUUCUUUAGUAAAAGAAGUAAAUAUUGAUGUCGAUGAUCGGUUGGUAUCAUGUUACUUGGAAUCAGCUAUCAAAGAAAGAAAUAUUAAUGUUGGUAAAUGGAUAACACCUUACUUGGAAACAGCUUUUACCAUAAAUUGUUGGCUGCAUGUAUUUGCCAACGUAAGAACAUUAACACUCUCUUCAAGUACUCUUCAGAUUUUUUCCGUAGUCACAGAUUGGUUGAAUGCUAAUACUGCUGCCCCUUGCUUGAGUAACUUGAAGUCAUUGAUAGUGAAAGUGAAGAAGCCUCCCUAUGAAAAGCAACCAAAAUCUUCCAAAUCAAAGAAAGCAAAAUUGAAAGCGUCUUCACCUGUACCUGAUGGAGUAGUGGAUUACCUGAUUCAAAACUCCCCAUCUGCGGGGAUUACUAUCAUAGAUUGGCAAAGGUGA